GCGCUGGGCGGCUGCGGAGGCAGGACCGUGCUGACAUCACGCGGGGAGGCGGUGUGGGGAAGGGAGAGCAAGGGAGGCUGCAGAGGGAACAGAGCUGCAUCCGAGUGGGCUCCGGGCAAGCCCGUCGGGACGCACCGUCCGGCUCCCGCCGCUCCCGGAUCGUUGGCCGCUCGUUGAUACCGUCGCCCGGCAACCGCCGCCAUGGGCUCCGAGCGGGACUCCGAGUCGCCGCGCUCCUCGUCCAUCCACUCGGCCGCCGCCAAGUGCCCGAAGCCCGGUCGCCGCCGCCGUCUGUCCUUCCAGAGCGUCUUCUCCGCCGCCGCCGCCUCCGCCGCUGGCGGCCGCCGCCGCGCUAAAGCCGACCCGCCGCCCGCCGACCCGCCGCCGCCCCCCGCCGCUCCUCCGGCCCCUCCGCCCCCUCCGCCGCCCCCUCCUCCGCCGCCGCCCCCCGAAGAAGCUCCGGUGCCGGUGCCGGUGUCGGCGGAGGGGAGCGGCGAGGAGGAGCUGGAGUGUCCGCUGUGCCUCGUGCGGCAGCCGGCCGAGAACGCGCCGCGCCUGCUGUCGUGCCCGCACCGGUCGUGCGGGGCCUGUCUGCGGCAAUACCUGCGGAUCGAGAUCACCGAGUCCCGCGUCAACAUCUGCUGCCCCGAGUGCAGCGAGCGCCUCAACCCCGCCGACAUCCGCCGGCUGCUCCGCGACUCCCCGCACCUCGUGGCCAAGUACGAGGAGUUCAUGCUGCGCCGCUGCCUCGCCGCCGAUCCCGACUGCCGCUGGUGCCCGGCGCCCGACUGCGGCUAUGCGGUUAUUGCCUACGGCUGCGCCAGCUGCCCCAAGCUGACCUGUGAGCGGGAUGGCUGCCAGACAGAGUUCUGCUACCACUGCAAGCAGAUAUGGCACCCCAACCAGACGUGCGACAUGGCCCGGCAGCAGCGAGCGCAGACGCUCCGGGUGCGCACCAAGCACACGUCGGGGCUCAGCUACGGGCAGGAGUCUGGGCCAGCGGACGACAUCAAGCCGUGCCCGCGCUGCAGCGCGUACAUCAUCAAGAUGAACGAUGGGAGCUGCAACCACAUGACAUGCGCCGUGUGCGGCUGCGAGUUCUGCUGGCUGUGCAUGAAGGAGAUCUCCGACCUGCAUUACCUCAGCCCCUCUGGCUGUACAUUUUGGGGCAAAAAGCCAUGGAGUCGCAAGAAGAAGAUUCUCUGGCAGCUGGGCACGCUGAUCGGCGCUCCUGUGGGCAUCUCCCUCAUUGCUGGCAUUGCCAUUCCUGCCAUGGUCAUUGGCAUCCCUGUCUAUGUUGGGAGAAAGAUCCACAGCAGAUAUGAAGGGAAGAAAACCUCCAAGCACAAGAGGAAUUUGGCCAUUACUGGAGGGGUCACCUUGUCUGUCAUUGCCUCUCCAGUCAUCGCUGCUGUCAGUGUAGGUAUCGGGGUCCCCAUCAUGCUGGCUUAUGUCUACGGUGUCGUGCCCAUCUCGCUGUGCCGUGGUGGGGGCUGCGGGGUCAGCACUGCCAAUGGGAAGGGCGUGAAGAUCGAGUUUGAUGAAGAUGAUGGACCAAUCACAGUGGCUGAUGCCUGGCGAGCCCUGAAGAACCCCAGCAUUGGCGAAAGCAGCAUCGAGGGGCUGACCAGUGUGCUGAGCACCAGUGGGAGCCCCACGGAUGGGCUCAGUGUGAUGCAGAGCAACUACAGUGAGACAGCCAGCUUUGCAGCGCUGUCGGGCGGCACGUUGAGCGGCGGUGUGCUCUCAGGAGGCAAAGGGAAAUACAGCAGGCUGGAGGUGCAGGCAGACGUCCAGAAGGAGAUUUUCCCCAAGGACUCUGUCAGCCUGGGGGCCAUCAGUGACAACGCCAGCACACGGGCCAUGGCCGGUUCCAUCAUCAGCUCCUACAACCCGCAGGACAGGGAGUGCAAUAACAUGGAGAUCCAGGUGGACAUCGAGGCCAAACCGAGCCACUACCAGCUGGCCAGCGGCAGCAGCACAGAGGACUCACUGCACGUCCACACCCAAAUGGCAGAGAAUGAGGAAGAGGAGGAGGAGGAGGACGGGGAGGAGGAUGAGGAAGAGGAGGACGGUGAGCAGGAGCAGACGUGCAAACACCAAAGCUGUGAGCAAAAGGACUGCGUUGCCAGCAAAACCUGGGACAUCACCCUGGCACAGCCUGAGAGCAUACGGAGCGACCUGGAGAGCUCAGACAGCCAGUCAGACGACGUGCCCGACCUCACCUCGGACGAGUGCGGCUCCCCCCGCUCCCACAGCGCGGCCCCCUGCCCGCAGACCCCCAGUGCCAGAGGUGCUGAGAGCCCAAGUGCCCACCUGAGCCACUGUGCCCACGCCGAGGGCUGCAGGCUGGACGAGAUGGUCACGCUGGAGUGCAUCGAAGCCCGGGUGUGAGGUGCCCUCGUGCCCUAAAGCACACUGCUGUCAUUGCAUCUGCUGGGGCAGGGCUGUGUCUGUGGCUUCUCACAGCCCCCCCCUCGCCUCGGGGAGCUGCUGUUUCUUACACAACAAAAAAAGAAAACGGAAAAUGCCCCCCCAACCCCCGCCCUCUUUUUGUUUUAAUUUAUUGGUUCAGGCUCUGUGAGGUGUGUACGAGUGUAAAUAUGUACGUGUGUCUGUACGUCUGCCAUCGUCCGAAGGACCAUUUGAAUAAAGACUCUGGUUGUCCUUC